GGCAACUGGAUGGGAAAUCAAUACUCUAAGCAACAAUAUGAUAAAUUUAUGUUCUAACUACAUAUUCUAUUAGAUACACUAAGAUAGCCCCAAAUUUGUUUAGUCAAAGAGAAAUUACAUCAUUCAUACCCAACUCCCAAGCCCUCAACUUGAGGACCUCAAAGACUCAAUUAAGAAGUAGGAUUGUGUAGUUAAUUAGUUUGAGAUGUUUUUUUUUUUUUUUUGGAAAGGAUCUUUGUACUUGUUUAGGCUUAUCUUUUUCCUAGGGUUCUUAGCUUCUUAGCCCCACCUUAUACCCUCUUCUCUGCCUCACGCCCUUCCCCAUUACAGGACCCGCAUGCCACAGUUGAAAAUAAUUCGAAAAAUGACCCCAAAUUGAUAUAUAUUGCAUGCACAUGGGAUUUGUCAAAAACAUAACAAUACAUGCACAUGGGAUGUAUGAGUUUGAAAUGUUACCAAAUCUCAUCAUCAUCAUGCCAAAACAACAUAUUAAACAUUGAUAAUGAGAUGGAUGAUUGAAUCAACCUCAGCUCAUUCAAGGAAUGAAAGCAAAUCCUAUAUCAAUUAGGUUUGGAUGUUAGAAGGUUCCUGACAUAAACACUUGUUUAUUUCUAUCCGAUCAGAAAUUAUAUGGUUGUUAUACAUUUUUUAUGCGAACACACCAUAAUUAUUUAGGUUUCCCCUCACAUUCAAGUGUAAAAAAAUAUCCAUCCUGAUAUGACGAUUUGAUCGAGAAUCUAACAGUGGUUGUAUGUUUAAAAUGAAAACACACUUCAAUCAAUUGUUUUGUUCACGUCUAGUAUACACCAAUUGCCUGAUUGCAAAUCACAUAACUAAAAUGCAUAAACACGAUGCUGGCAACUAUUCCGUAAACAUACUUACCUAAACAAGUGAUGGGUUGAGACAAGAGAGAGAAGAGGGAAUGCUUUUAUCUUUUUUUAAUCUUUUGUAUUUUGUUGGUUUGGUUUGGCUUGGUUUCUAUUUAAGGAAAGCUGAAGAUGCAUUGUUCAGGAAUCAGUGGAUGCAUUCUCCCAAAUCAGACAGUACAAAAGAGAGGAAAGAAAACACAAACCCACCAAACAGAAAGGAAUUGAUGAGAGCAUAGAGAGGAGAGGGGAAGGAGAAGCACAAAAAAAGCUGACUUUAAAGCUUUAGAAUAGGAAGUUUGCUUCUGAAUGAAACAAUGGAUGCCCACAAAAGGUUAACAUCACAUCUUCAAGCAACCAAACCAAAUGCCUUCCCAUGUACCCUGUUUCCAUUCAUAUAAGGAAAGCAUUCCUGCCAAAUACAGCAAAAGGGAAGGAAGAAGGGUGAAAUAGGAUUGAAAGAAAGAGAGCCUCUCAACCUCUGUCUCUCUAUCUUUCUCUUGUUCCUGUUUCUGGUAGAGCAGAGGACAACCCAGAAAAAUGGAGGCAUUCAUGUUGCAGAACCUCUUCAAUGGAGGCAGAGAAGCCCAAAUCCAAGCUGCCUCUGAGAUGGUCAAACUCAGCAGCAAACUGAGGCAGAAGUUGGUGGAAGGUGGAGUCAUUCUCCCUUUGAUCACCAUGCUUCAGUCUCAGGACUAUGAAUCCAUCCAAGCUUCACUCUUUGCAUUGCUCACCCUUGCCUUUGGCAGUGAAAGGAACAAGAGAAGGAUGGUGAAAUCAGGCGUUGUAGAUGUGCUACUCCACCUCCUCCAAUGGCAGGAAGAGUCAUUGACAGAGCUGACAGUAGCAGCUCUGCUCAUCCUCUCCUCAUGCGGGCCAAACAAGCCACUCAUCGCAUCAUCAGGAGCCAUCCAAAUCCUAGUCGAUUCAAUCCCCAUUCUAACCACCACCCAAUCAAAGCUCGACACUUUGACGACACUCCACAAUCUCUCCACCUGCAAUCAGGCAAUCCCACAACUCGUCUCAUCAGGGCUAGUCCCCACAUUGCUCCAACUCCUAACCCAACAUUCUUCCUACCCAAUUCAACCAGAGCUGGCGGACAAGGCAAUGGCGCUGCUGGAAGCCGUCGCGAUCUCGUCGGAGAGAGCAGUGGGUCAGGCCGCGGUAGGGAUACGGGUGCUGGUGGAGAUGGUGGAGGAAGGCAGCCCACAGGGGAAAGAACAUGCCGUUGGGGUUCUGGUGCUGAUAUGCCAGAGCUCGAGGGAGAAGUACAGAGGGUUGAUCCUGAUGGAAGGCGCCAUGCCCGGUUUGCUGCAGCUGAGCAUUGAUGGGAGCUGGAGGGCGAGGGGUUUGGCUCAGGAGCUGCUGCUGAUGCUUCGAGGGGAUUGCGAUGGUGGGUCGAGAGGGAAGAAGUGGAAGCAGGAGAUGGUGGAGAGGGUGAUGCAGGAGAUCGAUGCUGCGGAAGGGGAGGAGGAGGAAGUUUUCAUGGGGAGUGGUGGAAGUAGUACGCUCAGAUUGGUGGAAGAGAUGAUUGCGAAGCUGAGUACCUGAUUUUGCUUUAGAUUUUGGGAUUAGGGUUCUUACUUCUUAGGGAAUUGGGGUUCCAGCUUUUGUACAUAAAAAAAAACAGAGAUUGAUUCGAUUGGGUCUUUUAGGAGCGGAGAAGAGAUGAUUGAUAAAUGCUAACCAGAGAGCUAGAUAAUGUACUCUUCCCAGGCCCAUGAAAAUAUCAAUAGAUACCUUCAUUUCACUGGACUUUAUAAAAAAUCGAAUCAACAUCGGCUAAUCGCAUAUACAAUGUUUAAACCACUAAUGAUAUCAUAAUGAAUUUUUCGUAGUUCGUUAGUAGUUUCGAACAAUUAGUCUCAGUAAUCUCUCUAUUUUGUACUGUACCGAACAAACAAUCAUCUUUUACGAUUAAAAAUUGUAUAUCUAACAUCAAAACAACAAUUUUAUCAUAAGUCAUAACACUUCUUUUUUAUCGCAGUUCAUUCAUAAUCUUAAAUUGCUAACCUCACACCGAUGUAUUGCAAUGGUUAGACCACAACAUUGAAUUGAAAUUCUGUCACUAAAAUGGGUUGCAAGCAAGUAGGAAUGACAAUUUUGACCUGACCCGAUUUACCCGACCUGUUUGGCCUGUUUUGGGGCGGGGCGGGCAUGGGUACCUCUCAUCGACCCGACUUGGCCUGACCCGCCCCAUUCUCGACCCGUUCUUGCCUAAAUUACAUAUAAUCUUAGUCAAAUUACUUAGAAUACUCCUAUUAUUACAUUAUAUUUUAGCUAUAAUAAAGUUACAAUUAAGUG